UGCAGGCCGCGCACGCUCCCUGAGUUGCCCGUUGGGUUUUGUGAUUGGUCUGUCAACCGAAAGCGACGUUAUUCGUGUGUCUUCCACCUUCCUGUCCGGCUGUAGGAGAGGCAAUGGCUGGCGUGCUGAAGAAGACUACUGGGCUUUUGGGGCUCGCUGUCUCUGAAGCUCCACAUGAUCGCCUGAGGAUAUUGUAUACAAAAAUUAUUACAACUCUGCAGAACAUACCCAGAGAUGCUGCCUACAGGAUCUAUACAGAGAAAAUUGUAAAUGAACGAUUUGAUCUGGUAAAAACAGAGCCUGAUGUGCAAAAACUAGAAAAUAAAAUAAAUUGUGGACAGAUAGAAGAAGUGAUUUUGCAGGCAGAAAGUGAACUCUCUCUAGCCCGGAAAAUGGUGCAGUGGCGGCCAUGGGAGCCGUUAGUUGAAGAACCUCCUGCUGAUCAGUGGAAGUGGCCAAUCUAAUCUGCACUGUUUAUAAUUUCUGGAAUAGAAAAAUACUUCAUUAAAUGUAUGCUGGAUGUGGAUGAAAAAUAUAUUUAAUUUAAAUACGCUACUUAUAUUUUUUGUCUGCUUUGAUAUUGAUUGGAAUAUCACUGUAAAUGUUACCCAGAGUGGAGUGGGUUCCUUUUCUAAUACUCAGCAGCAAACCUCCCUCCCUCCCUCUUUCCCUCAAAUAGAAACUUUUCUUCAAAUGGCAUCUGCUUCUUACAUAAACUGG